AUGUCCAUCUCCAACAUUACAGUCUUCCUGCCUUCUGUGUUGACCCUAAUAGGGAUCCCAGGCCUAGAGUCUGUGCAGUGCUGGAUCGGGAUUCCAUUCUGUGCCAUGUAUCUCUUUGCUUUGAUUGGAAAUUCUGUGCUUCUGAUCAUCAUCAUUUCAGAGCAUAGCCUCCAUGAACCCAUGUAUAUUUUCCUAGGCAUGCUAGGAGUCACAGAUAUUGUACUUGGCACAAGCAUUGUGCCCAAGAUGCUUGGCAUUUUCUGGUUUCAUGUGCCAGAGAUUUAUUUUGACUCUUGUUUGCUUCAAAUGGGACUCAUCCACACGUUUGAGUGCAUCGAGUCAGGCAUCCUCCUGGCCAUGGCUCUGGACCGUUAUGUGGCCAUCUGCUAUCCACUAAGACAUGGUGCCAUCUUCACCCACCAGCUGGUCACACAAAUAGGGGCUGUGGUAACACUUAGGGCUGCCAUUCCAGCAACCCCAUCUUUAGUCCUGAUAAAGUGUCGGUUUCAGUUUUACCAUACAACCAUCAUCUCCCAUUCCUACUGUGAACAUAUGGCCAUCGUGAAACUGGCUGCAGAAAAUGUGCAGGUCAACAAAAUCUAUGGUCUGUUUGUGGCAUUUGCUGUUGUGGGAUUCGACCUCACCUUCAUCACUUUGUCCUACAUACAAAUAUUUAUCACAGUUUUCCGUUUGCCUCAAAAGGAGGCUCGAUGGAAAGCAUUCAAUACCUGCAUCGCCCACAUCUGUGUCUUCCUCCAGCUCUACCUCCUUGCCUUCUUCUCCUUCUUCACACAUAGGUUCGGUGCUCAUAUUCCCCCUUAUAUCCAUAUCCUCUUUUCUAGCCUCUACUUGCUGGUCCCCCCAUUUCUCAAUCCUCUUGUAUAUGGUGCCAAGACCAAGCAGAUCCGCAUUCAUGUGGUAAAGAUGUUGUGUUCAUAA